CCGGGGAGGGAGCCGGGGGCGCUGCAUCCUGGCGCUGGCCUUGGCAGCCGCCGCCACUGCCGUCGGGGAAGGUCCCAGCGCGGACAUGGCCUCGCGUGGCGCCCGCCAGUGCUCAAGCCCCCAGCGUCCUGUGCAGUAGCCUAGCGAAGAGGCGGCCUGAACGGCGCAGACUGCCGGGCGGGCGGCAUGGAGGAGGCGCACCUGCUCCCUGCCGCCGACGUGCUGCGCCACUUCUCGGUGACAGCCGAGGGCGGCCUGAGCCCGGCGCAGGUGUCCGGCGCGCGGGAGCGCUACGGCCCCAACGAGCUCCCCACUGAGGAAGGGAAGUCCCUGUGGGAGUUGGUGCUGGAGCAGUUUGAGGACCUCCUGGUACGCAUCCUGCUGCUGGCUGCCCUGGUCUCCUUUGUCCUGGCCUGGUUCGAGGAGGGAGAGGAGACCACAACAGCCUUCGUGGAGCCCCUGGUCAUCAUGCUGAUCCUCGUGGCCAACGCGAUUGUGGGCGUGUGGCAGGAACGCAAUGCUGAGAGUGCCAUCGAGGCCUUAAAGGAGUACGAGCCUGAGAUGGGCAAGGUGAUCCGCUCAGACCGCAGGGGCGUGCAGAGGAUCCGCGCCCGAGACCUCGUCCCCGGAGACAUCGUGGAAGUGGCGGUGGGAGACAAAGUACCUGCUGACCUCCGCCUCAUCGAGAUCAAGUCCACCACGCUGCGAGUGGACCAGUCCAUCCUGACGGGUGAAUCUGUGUCUGUGACCAAGCACACAGAUGCCAUCCCAGACCCUAGAGCUGUGAACCAGGACAAGAAGAACAUGCUGUUUUCUGGCACCAAUAUAGCAUCAGGCAAGGCGGUUGGUGUGGUGGUGGCCACAGGUCUGCAAACAGAGCUGGGCAAGAUCCGGAGCCAGAUGGCAGCAGUGGAGCCUGAGCGGACACCACUGCAGCGCAAGCUGGAUGAGUUUGGGCGGCAGCUGUCCCAUGCCAUCUCUGUCAUCUGCGUGGCUGUAUGGGUCAUCAACAUCGGCCACUUUGCUGACCCGGCCCAUGGUGGCUCCUGGCUCCGUGGUGCUAUCUACUACUUUAAGAUUGCCGUGGCCCUGGCUGUGGCUGCGAUUCCUGAGGGCCUCCCGGCAGUCAUCACUACAUGCCUGGCGCUGGGCACACGACGCAUGGCACGCAAGAAUGCCAUAGUGCGAAGCCUGCCCUCUGUGGAGACCCUGGGCUGCACCUCAGUCAUCUGCUCUGACAAGACAGGCACUCUCACCACCAAUCAAAUGUCAGUGUGUCGGAUGUUCGUGGUAGCUGAAGCGGAAGCAAGCUCCUGCCGUUUGCACGAAUUCACCAUCUCGGGUACAACGUAUACCCCCGAGGGAGAAGUGCGGCAGGGAGAGCAGCCUGUUCGCUGUGGGCAGUUCGAUGGGCUGGUGGAGCUGGCGACCAUCUGUGCCCUGUGCAACGACUCUGCGCUGGACUACAACGAGGCCAAGGGCGUGUAUGAGAAGGUGGGAGAGGCCACAGAGACAGCUUUGACUUGCCUUGUGGAGAAGAUGAAUGUGUUUGACACUGACCUGAAGGCCCUGUCCCAGGUGGAGCGAGCUGGUGCCUGCAAUGCGGUCAUCAAGCAACUAAUGAGGAAGGAGCUCACCCUCGAGUUCUCCCGGGACCGGAAGUCCAUGUCGGUGUACUGCACGCCCACCCACCCUGACUCCAAGGCCCAGGGCAGCAAGAUGUUUGUGAAGGGGGCCCCCGAGAGUGUAAUUGAGCGCUGCAGCUCAGUCCGUGUGGGGAGCCGCACAGCACCCCUGAAUACCACCUCCAGGGAGCAGAUCCUGGCAAAGAUCCGAGAUUGGGGCUCAGGCUCAGACACACUGCGCUGCCUAGCACUGGCCACCCGGGAUGCACCCCCAAAGAAGGAGGACAUGCAACUGGACGACUGCAGCAAGUUUGUUCAGUACGAGACAGACCUGACCUUCGUGGGCUGCGUGGGCAUGCUGGACCCCCCAAGGCCUGAGGUUGCUGCCUGCAUCACACGCUGCCACCGAGCGGGCAUUCGUGUGGUCAUGAUCACAGGGGACAACAAAGGCACGGCUGUGGCCAUCUGCCGCCAGCUCGGCAUCUUUGGGGACACAGAGGAUGUGGAGGGCAAAGCCUACACGGGCCGAGAAUUCGAUGAUCUUAGCCCAGAGCAGCAGCGCCAUGCCUGCCACACUGCCCGCUGCUUUGCCCGUGUGGAACCAGCACAUAAGUCCCGCAUCGUGGAAAACCUGCAGUCCUUUAACGAGGUCACUGCCAUGACUGGUGAUGGGGUGAACGACGCACCUGCCCUGAAGAAAGCGGAGAUCGGCAUUGCCAUGGGCUCGGGCACAGCUGUGGCCAAGUCAGCUGCAGAGAUGGUGCUGUCAGAUGACAACUUUGCCUCCAUCGUGGCUGCGGUGGAGGAGGGUCGGGCCAUCUACAACAACAUGAAGCAAUUCAUUCGCUACCUCAUUUCCUCUAAUGUUGGCGAGGUUGUCUGCAUCUUCCUCACAGCAAUUCUGGGCCUGCCCGAAGCCCUGAUCCCCGUGCAGCUGCUCUGGGUGAACCUGGUGACAGAUGGCCUACCUGCCACAGCCCUGGGCUUUAACCCACCAGACUUGGACAUCAUGGAGAAGCUGCCUCGGAAUCCUCAAGAGGCCCUCAUUAGUGGUUGGCUCUUUUUCCGAUAUCUGGCUAUUGGAGUGUACGUAGGCCUGGCCACAGUGGCUGCCGCCACCUGGUGGUUCCUGUAUGAUGCGGAGGGACCUCACAUCACCUUCUACCAGCUGAGGAACUUCCUGAAGUGCUCUGAGGACAACCCACUCUUCGAGGGCAUCGACUGCGAGGUCUUUGAGUCUCGCUUCCCCACAACCAUGGCCUUGUCGGUGCUUGUGACCAUUGAGAUGUGCAACGCCCUCAACAGCGUCUCGGAGAACCAGUCACUGCUGCGGAUGCCUCCCUGGCUGAACCCCUGGCUGCUGGCGGCUGUGGCCAUGUCCAUGGCCCUGCACUUCCUCAUCUUGCUGGUACCGCCCCUGCCCCUCAUUUUCCAGGUGACCCCACUGAGCGGGCACCAGUGGGUAGUGGUGCUCCAGAUAUCUCUGCCUGUUAUCCUGCUUGAUGAGGCCCUCAAGUACCUAUCCCGGAAUCACCUGGAUGGAUGUCUUUAUCCAAGCGUUCUCAGGACAGUCUCACAGGCCUGGAAUAGGCCGCCGCUGACCACCUCCGGGACCCCAGACCACACCGGAAAUAAAGGAUCAGAAGUGAGUACUGGGAACAGAGCAGAGUCUCCAGUGUGUACCUCAGACUGAUGGUGCCCAAGUGUUUGUCCCCACUCCCCAACCCUGCCACCAUGCUCAUCCACCUGCCCACUGGGCCCUGCUGGACAGUCCUGAGGCCAGAACGGCCACACCCAGGUCCAAUCCUGGGGUCCCUAUCCCCACUUCCAUCUGACUUGGGGGCUCUGUAGUUCAUGUCUCUUGAACUCUCCUGGGAAGAUCCCUUGCUGAAGCUCUGGACCAAGAGCUAAGCCUGGGAGGGGGCUACAAGAAGCCAGAGCUGGCAGAGAUCCAGAGCUGCAGAGCCCCUCAACCUGUGUGUCCAACAGUAUGUACUGGAGCCUGCUCCCCAUGCUUGGAGGCUGGGCCUCUACUUAGUGACCUGUGCCUCUGCACUGAUGGAGAAUACCAGCUCUGAUCUCUCACUCAGUGCCUGGUCUGAAACCUGGUCAGUCUCAAGGAGGGGCAUCCAGGGAGCCAUCUGGGCCCAGCUGUGUACAGCGAGGCAGGAAGCGUCCACCAAGUCAGCUCAUGAGAGCUGGAGCCUGUUUCUGUUUAUAUGUGCAGGCCCCAGGGGGUUGAAAGGUCAGAGAGAAAGGAACACAAGGAGCAGGGAGGAGGGGCCAGGCAAGGACCCUCUUUCCCUGGGGGAGACACCCAGUUGUCUGCCUCAGCUCAACUCACUUCCCAAACUCAGGUUUUCCUUUCCUAAGCAAAUGACUGGGUGAUGCCUGGUCCACCAAGAAGAGUUCAGAUUUGCUAUCUCUGUCCCUGGUGCCUGAGACCCCAGAUGUCCUUAGGUCCCUGACUCCUAUGCCGUUCCAUGCAGGCUGGUGUGCAGCCAUCUCUGCACAGUUAGGUGAUUCUGAGUCUCCUGGACUCUUGGCCUCACUUUUUGCCCAUUCCCUCCACACACAUGCACCCAUGAGCCAAAAGGAUGUCAUUAGGGAUGACUGUCACCCAAGGACACUUACCCCCUCUUCCCGCUUCUCACUGGAAGAAUGCAUCUCUCUGUGGGUCUCAAGUCAGAUGACAGGAAGACAGCAUUUGAUUGAUGGGAAUUUUCUCUUACUCAGCUUUUGUUCCUUUGGCAAAAAAUAGCUAGGAUUAGCAGAAAAUAGCAAGUAAAUAACUGUCUAUAUGUCUUCUCCCCUCCUUGAGUGUACUGAGCUAUGAUUUUAUAUGUAAAUCAAGACUCACAUCCCUGUCUGGUCCCCAGAAUCCAAACCCCUGUCAGCCUGCCUUACAGUCUAAUGGUCUCCUCGUUCUGCAGCCCCUGCCCUCACGCUUCCUCCCGCCCUCUCACAGGUUCUGGAGGGGCCCUGAGAGAGACAGAGUUGGGGGUGCCCUGGCAGAGGCAGGGCCCUGUACCCACCUGCUGGUAGAGAAAUAAAAGUGGUGUGCCUGGGGCAACAGAGGGCCGCCAGCGUGUGUUUUCUGGAGUGUGGGCGCCUGUCUUUGCCAGAAGGUGUCUACCUGGGGCCCACCACUCCCAUCCCUCAGCAAAGCGAAGAUCUGAAACUCCUGCAUCAUCCAAAAUCUCUUUUUCCAAGACAAGGCUUUGGAGAGGUACUGAAUUCCAGAACCAUAUUCCAGGACAGAUGGAGGACGAGGCAAACCCUCAUGCUUGAUCCUCCCUUGGAUGGCACUUGAUAGUCGGAACAUAUUUUAAGGGCCUUUUAAACAUGUUGUGAUCUGCAUGUCACUCCCAGUAUGUCACCAAGGCCAGGAGCAGGGGUCCAUGAUGUAGCCCUGAGGCAGGGCUGGGUCUGGAACCUGAAUCUCAAAAGCCCCUUGCAACCCAUAGAGGAUCCCCCAUCCCUGGCAGUUCUGUAAGACUUGUGACUCCCCCUGACUAGGUCCUAUGACUCUUUUGCUCUGUUUCCCUCCCUUCAAUCCCCAGGAUCCCAUCUAUCCUUCAUGCAUCUAAGCCCUGCUCAAAUGUGUCUCCCAUUUCCCCAAGGCUUCCCUCAGAUCACAGGGCCCCAGGGUCUCUGCAGGCCUGCUUGAGAUGAACCAAACUGCCCAGGUGGCCCUGCCUUCCUGGGAGCAGGGUUCAAGGAAGGGACUAGCCAUGUCCCUUGUUUCUUUGCUCUGGAGGGAGGACACAUCACUAAGAUUUGGUAUCUAAUCUUCUAUUCAGCUGACCUGGGCAGGAGACUCAGGCCCUGCCCACAGGGCCAGAGGCAGGAACCACUACAUAAAAUUUGCAGGGCCCACUACAUAAUUUGCAGAACCCAUCGCAAAAUGCAAACAUUCAGCCCCUGGUUCAAAAACAGAAUUACAGUGACAUCAGAACAUUACAUCAAGGGUAAAAUCUUUCUGUUUCUGAGAAUGGGCCUAAUGCAUUUGCAGAGGCUGCAUGUCCAUGAAGCCAACUGUGAUCACAAGAGACAGGCCUGCCCUUAGGGGCUCCUAGGGUUUUUUCAGGGAAUGGGACAGGGUGGUACACAGCUCACGGCAGGAGCCAAGAUGGGUAAAGAAUUUUUUCCACAUGGGCCAUCUAUAAGACCUCUCCGACCCAAAACCUUUUCAUACUCAUCUCCCAGGGUCUUCAGCUGGUCCAUGAAAUGAGCCAAGCAGGGGUUAGGACUCCAUUUGACCUCUGAGGAAACCAAGGUCUUCUGAGGACCUGACCAUUGUAGCAGAUGGGGUGGGUGUGGAGCUAAGACAGGCUGAGGGGUCUUUCGUUAGAGGUGUGGCAGCUACAACCUUUCCAGAAGCCUCUAGGGCUCCAUGGCCAAACCUACAUUGCCUCCACCCCCAACCAGGCCUGCCCAAGUCCAGCUCUGUCUGGCCCACAGCAUGGAGUCCACAGGCCAAGAUGGGGCGGCCAAGGUAAACAGAGAGGUUUCCUUACCUCGUAGUUGCUCACCCAGGAGGGAAUUCCAGGGCAAGCCCUGGCACACUCCUCUCUGGCUCAAGGGUGGCAGCUGCCAAAAUGCCCAUGGGUCUCCCUACCCCUCCAGAGACCAGGACUUCAUGCUCCCCAGACCCCCUAUCCUCUACCCCUCACAGUGGAGGGAGGGACCAUGUUGGAGCUGCAUUAGGAUAAAUGGGAGAGGAAAACAGGCAGGGAAAAGAAAGAAAUGCACGGAUACUCGGAGAUCUGAUUUGAGGGUCUGUAGCAGCUUUUCUCAUUAUAGGCCCCAAUAGUCCAUCCACAGACCAAGAAUGAACUGUGACAUCCACAACAGAAUACUCUUCAACAGCAAAAAGAAACAAACUGAUAGAUCUAACAACAAGGAGGAAACUCAAAAUCACUGUUGAGUAAAAGAAGCCAGAAAAAUAGAGCUCAUCCUGUGAUUUCACUUCUAUGAAGUUCUAGAAAAGGCAGGACAAAUCUGUAUUGAUAAAGCAGAUCAGUGACUGCCUAGGCCUGGGUGCUGGGGAAAGAUUGACUGCAAAGGGGUAGGA